AUGUGGCAAGUUGGAUUUGUUUUGUUUAAUAUUUUAUCUGCGAGAAUAUAUGCCGCUAGUUUGGGUUCCUAUAAUGUUGAUUCUAACCAAGUGUCCGUGUCUGGAAUAUCAUCGGGUGCUGCCAUGGCAACACAGGUGCACGUGGCGUUAUCUAGUAGAAUAAUGGGUGUUGGUUUAGUAGCGGGACUACCAUAUAUGUGUGCGGAGGGUUUGGCUGUAACAGCUUUAACCUGUAUGAAUACCCCUGGUCUAGUGAGUGUCUCUGUAUUGGAGGGUAUCACAGCAUCAGCUGAUCUGGUGGGUAACAUAGAUUCUACCAGUAAUAUAGCCACCAGUAAAGUUUAUAUAUUCGCUGGUACUAAAGACACAGUGGUGAAACCAGGUAAUGGUCCAAAAAUUGAGCAAUAUUACAAACACUACAUUUCUGAUAAUAGCAAUAUCAAAACUGUUUACAACGUACCAGCUGAACACUGUAUGCCGACGUCUAAUUAUGGUGGAAAUUGUGGAACACUUAACAAAGACAAUUACAUCAACAACUGUGGAUAUUCGGCAGCAUUUGAUCUGUUAAAUCAUAUUUAUGGUGGCCAUUUAGUUAAACCGACAGAUCAUACAACGGCUAAUGGACAGUUACUAACGUUUAGUCAAAGUGCGUUUUUCUACUGGUCGUUACCAUCUGUUUCUGGUAUGGAUACAACCGGUUAUGUUUAUAUCCCAACUAAAUGUGCCACUAAACAAACCAAAUGUAAACUUCAUAUCGCAUUCCAUGGCUGUUUACAAGGGCGGAAAGCUAUAGGAGAUGUUUAUGUUAAACACGCUGGUUAUAAUGAAGUCGGUGAACUAAAUGACAUCAUAAUACUCUACCCUCAAGCUAUAUCUACACCACUCAACCAACAAGGCUGUUGGGACUGGUUCGGUUAUACAGGACCACUGUAUGCAACCAAGAAUGGGUUCCAGAUAACAGCUGUUAGAAGAAUGAUUGACCGUGUAUUGUAAUCACUGGACUCAACAGGUCAUAUAAAUCUCUGUUUAAAGUAAA